CUUAUGGUAUGAUACGUGUCACACAGAAAAUGUUAUGCGAGAUAGAUGAACGGCUUCAUCAUCCCUUCACCUUCUGACCCUGUUCUUCAAAUCGCUUCAACAUGGUACCCACGGCGCAGGAGAUACCGCCACUCACAUCCAGGGACCUCGGAAUCACCAAAUCUAACGCACAGGAAAAGGAGGGACACUCAUUAGCCAUUCCGAGUCUCGAGUACAUCAAGUCCUUAACGAACUUGACUGACAUCCAAGAAUGCCUACGACAAUUGGAAUUAGAAGAGACCAAGGUUGACGCGGACUUGGAUGAACUGCUGUCUGAACGCGAGGACUUGGAGGCGAGCCUUGACAAACUGGAAGUGUUGGAGCCACAGCUGGGUAGUCUUCAACAAGAAUCAAAGUCCCUGGUCAAGAUCAUCAGCGACACAUCUGGACUGGCAGAGAGUAUCAGCGUCAAGGUCAGGCAACUUGACCUGGAGCAGUCGCGCGUACAAAUGGCGAUCAAACAUGUGGAGGAUGUCCAGGAACUCAAAUUCUGUAUCUCUGGAAUCCUACGAGCAAUGGAGUUAUCAGAUCAUGAGGAUGCAGCAAGACACAUGCACAAAGCACUCGGGUUUGACAAAAAUAUCCUUGAAGGGUCAUUCGCAGAGAUAUCGGUGCCCUCUGCGUCGAACCCUGAAUACCCAACGGUGAUCCUGGAGAAUGCCAAGGCUAAGCUUUUGGAUAUUAUUUCAACAGAAUUCGAAAACGCGGUACAGAGGCAGUCUGAGGAGGACAUCACACGAUACUUCAAGCUUUUUCCUCUACUGGGAGAAGAGCAGGUUGGACUGGACAAGUAUUCCAAAUUUGUCUGUGCGAUCGUCUCGGGAAAGGCGCAGGCUUCAUUGGUUGGACCACCCAAAUCGCCAACGUUCUAUGCCGAUACUUUGAUUAGACUAUUUGAAUCCAUUGCAAUUAUCGUCGACCAGCAUCAACCGGUGGUAGAGAAGUAUUACGGCCCAGGAAAAAUGCUCCGCGUCAUUCAAAGACUUCAGGAAGAGAGCGAUAUUCGCAGUCGAAAGAUCUUGGAAGCAUUUGAGGAAGAACGCGAGAUCAGCAGAAAGGUCGGAGAAAUCAAGUCGUUCAGGGAUCCCAAACGGAAUCUAAUCGCACCAGCAGGGUCCAUUAGGAGUCUCACGCCACAGCCGGGCAUGUCCGGUUCUCAACAGGCGGCUGUUCCAGAAGUGAUCGAUCCACGCGAACUGGAUAUUAAUUUGAAUGAGAUGGUCUUGAUCUCACAGCGUGCACACCUCUACAACCGCUUCCUGGAAUCUAGGGCCAAGCUGGAAAUUGAGCAUCUGGAGCAAGGACAUCAAGUUGGCGAUUCACUCGUGGAUAAGCCAAGAAAUUUGUACAGCGAAUCAGGUCUACUGCGCGUCAGCGGUCUAUCGCGCAAGGUCGAGGAGAUUAUCGACUAUUACCUGGCUAUUGAGGAGUUCUUCUUGCGCCGUAGUGUCGACAAGGCGAUGAAGAUCAGUGAGGACGACUUUGGCAGCAAAACUUCGAGCUGUGUGGACGACGUGUUUUAUAUUCUCAAGAAGACCAUUUCGCGGGCGGUCUACACUUCGAAUGUGGAAUGUAUGGGUGCCAUGAUCAAUUUUAUCAAGAGCACACUGGAGAUGGACUAUAUCUCUGUCUUCCAGAAGAAUAUGGCCGGCGUUUUUUCAAGCGGAGACACUAAAGAGGCACGGUUUCAAUACAUGCUGCUUCUCAACAACAUCAAUGUCAGUGUUGAUUACCUGGAGAAGCUGACGGCUGAGAUCGAGCAAGAGUCCGCCUCAACAUUCACCUCUCUCUCAGAACACACGCUUGCCAAAGCCAAGGCAGUGUUAUCUGGCUUGACAGGGUCAUCAAGCAAGUUCAAACAGAUCUUGAAUCUGGGAAUCGAGGAGUUGUUUGAAAGGACACUGAAACCUCGUCUACGACCACUUUUGCAGGAUUCUUACAAGGAAAUUAAAUAUGUUGUAACGGACGAAGAGUACGCAGAACAGGAGGCGCUCAACAGCUUUGUGCAUCGUUUUAUGUCAGGUUUUGAUACUCUAAUUGAGCCAUUCAAGCUCACAUUGACGGAGGACAACUAUAACCAGGUGAUUGCCAAUGCGGUUACCAGCUUGACCAAGACGUGGGAAAAGAUUAUCUUCCAGACCAAGUUCAACAAGAUGGGCGCCAUCCGGUUCGACAAAGAUCUUCGCGCUGUGGGGUUCUACUUGGUAUCACUGACGUCGUUCCCCGUCAGAGAAAAAUUGACGCGGCUGAACCAAAUGGCGAUGCUUUUGGAUCUGGAAGAACUCGAGGACUUGUACGAGAUCUGGGGCAACAAUUCAGGUGCUAUCACUUGGCGUCUCACAGACGCGGAGGUCCGACGUGUUUUGAAUUCCAGGUAAAGGCGCUCGGAUUACGUUCAAUUGCAGAAGAUACCCUCGAGACCUCGCUCUAACCGUCUUUGUGCUGUUAUAAAAUAGGACUGACU